AUGAACCUUCUCCUUUCACAGCAACAACAACAACAACAACAACAACAACAACACCCACCUACACAUUCCUUCUUCAACAUGUCCAUAAUACUUCGAUUCAGGUCCAAAGAUGGAAUGUUUCGUAUCAACACCGAUAUUUCAUCCCCCUUCCAAGCAGUAGUUGACCAAUUAGCAACCAAAGUUCCGACUAGUAUCGAUAUCAAUGAAGUGACUAUAUCUGACAAACCAAAUGGCAACAAUACAGAGACUCCCACUAAACUCGGCUCUUUGGUGAGUAAACUGGUACUGGAUUUAAACCUCAAGAAUGGUGACUUAUUAUAUAUCAACUAUGGAGGUGCUUUACCUACGCCAUCAGCUUCGACUCAAGGUAGUUCAGCCCCUGUUAACUCAGUCAAAAGUAACACCAACACCAACACCACAGCUACUACUUCAACUAAUAGCGUACCCAUCACUAAAUCCUCAGCACAUGGACCUUUGAAUGUUGCACAAUUACCAGUUGAUGACGAGCUCGACAAGUUGGAUGGAAUGAUCCAACGACCAAUAUCAUCAAUGUGCCGUCACGGAUCAAAGGGGAUGUGCGAGUAUUGUUCUCCUUUAUCACCAUGGGACGAGUCGUAUCGGAAAGAGCAUAGCAUCAAGCAUAUAUCUUACCACGCGUAUUUGAACCAACAAAUGGCAAAGUUCAAUAAAAAGGAGUUGGCGUCUUCGUACAUUGCACCAUUGGAGAAUCCCGAUUAUGCAAUAAACUUAUCAUGUAAUGAGGGACAUCAGCCUUACCCAAGAGGUAUUUGUUCCAAGUGCCAACCGCCUCCCAUCACUUUGCAAUUGCAAAAGUUUAGAAUGAUUGACCAUUUAGAAUACGCCAACCAUUCUAUAUUAAAUGAUUUCAUCAAUGUGUGGAGAGUUUCCGGUGUUCAACGGUUUGGAUACUUGUAUGGAAGGUAUGAAAAGUUCGACAAGGUGCCAAUGGGCAUUAAAGCAGUUGUUGAAGCCAUUGUUGAGCCACCGCAACUGGAUGAAUUGGAUGGUAUAACAUUACUGGAAUGGCCCGACGAACAACUCGUUGAUGAAGUUGCUGCUAAAUUGGGCAUUUACAAAGUUGGGAUUGUGUUUACAGAUUUAACUGAUCUGGGUCGAAAUGAUGGAACUGUACUAUGCAAGAGACACAAGGAUAGUUAUUUUUUGACCAAUUUGGAAAUCUUGAUGGCGGCAAAAUUCCAAAUUGCCAAUCCGAAUUCGACAAAGUAUAGUAGCAAGGGCCAAUUCUCGUCAAAAUUUGUAACGUGUGUAAUAUCGGGUGGAUUACAAGGAGAAAUUGAACCAAGGUCAUAUCAAGUUAGUACUAGUGGCGAGGCUUUGGUUAAAGCUGAUUUGAUCACUGGAUCUACUCAACCAUCACAAGUUUACGUCAAUGAAAGCAAUGAUGUACGAUAUGUUCCCGAUAUCCAAUAUCUGAAAAUUAAUGAGUAUGGACUAGAAGUGAAAACCAAUGCCAAGCCUACAUUCCCCGGUGAGUUUUUAUUGGUGUCUUUAACCGACUCAUUCCCAAUAGAUCCACAUCCAAUGUUCACCACUACGCCAGGCUACGUUAUUGAAAAUCGAGAUUUCCUUGGUGAUGUCAAUCAUGAUUUCCAGAAUUUGUCAACAUUGGACAAGUUUUUGAAACUGCAUGGAUCUGAUUUGUUUGAUUUCCAUUUAUUGAUUUAUAUUGUGAAAUUGCGUAUUUUGAGUCAAGAUGAGUGUGAAUUGUUGAUCAAGUAUCUCAAGGAUAGAGAAGAACAGGACUAUUUGCAGUUGAUUGGUAGUGGUGGAUGGAUGUCGUUAUUGACUAUAUUGGAGCACAGCACGUAG